CGCCAACGUUUGGCAUUCAUUGUGAAAUUGCAACUCAAAAUUGAAACAAGCACAGACCGAGACGGUUAAACGGAUUUUAAAGCGCGCUGCGUAAACGUGAAAAGAAUUUCAUAAUCAAAAGUUAAUAGACCGCAAAUUGCCGAGGAAUACAAUCAACGGGCAAACGCUAAUAACAGCAACAAAAGCAACAAUAAACAAAGCAGUGAUACCACAACACACAAAAGUGCCACACACAAACUAUACAAACAUUGAAAAGCAAAAAAAACUUUGCCACAAACCAAAAGUGCAAACAGAAGCUGUAAAAAUAGCUCAAAAUCAAGUGACAAGCUCCGAAAUUAGCAACUCAUACAAAAUGGUCGUUGAGGAAUCUGUCAACAUGCACUACACACACAACCACAACAUGGAAUUGGCCGAUUGCGAUACCCCAAUCGGUCGCACCGUCAAAUCAGCUCUUCUGCGAGCCCAAUCUGAAUCUCGAGUGAUCGUCGGACUAUCAGCAGCCAUCAAUGUGCUCUCAAAGUCACCGGAGGGUUCACUCUUCUGCCUGAUGGCCGUGCCCAAGGACGGCGAUUCAGCCACACACAUGCACGAGGUGCUACUGGAGGCGUUUUGCUACGAGAACGACAUCUAUGUGAUCAAGGUGGACGAUGCCACCAAGCUGAGCCGCAUUUUGGGCCAGGAAAGCAUCGAAUCAUGCUGCCUGGUGCAAAAGACCUGGGCUGGCGAUCAGAUCGAGGAGCAUCUGAACAAGGCGGAGAAUCAAUUGGUCGACUACUGCGAGGCCCAUUGGGAUGCACCACAACAUCCCAUCGUUCAGCUGCCAGUCGUAUAAACUAUGAGAUGGAUCAGACGAUUUAAUUGAACAGCCCGUUACAGUGGGGCAAAACAUGGUUUAAAUUGAUGCAACAACCAAUAAGAACAGCAACCAGUUAAGACAAGGUUAAUGUACCCAAAACGUUUGGAGAGUUCUGCGGAAACCGACGUAUUGGGACAUAUCCCAAUUACAUAUACAUAUUAUAUAUCAUAUAAUAUACAUACACAUACAUACAUAUGUAUAAGUGUAUAUAGGAGGAGCGGCUUAAUCAGAAGAGUAGCUGCGACGAUGGCCAAUUUUCAUACGCUAGAUUGAAGGAGAGUGAAGGAGAGAGCAGAGAUCGAGAGAGGCAGCCGACGACCUUCGUUGGAGCAGCAUCAGCAGCAGCAGCCGAGAAUGCAAUGGAACUUGCAGCAGUCACAACAACAAUACCAACAACAACUACGGCUGCUGCGGAAGUGCGCCUCACACACACACACACCAUCACACUCUGGGAUUUACACUCUCUGGCUCUCUCUUUAAUCUGGAAGCAAUUUCGCAACCAGAGGCAAAUACAAUUCAUACACGCACACAACCACAAAUCCAUGCGCACACACAUAAGCGCGUGACCAGCUGCUGGUUUUUUUUUCAUCCAGUUCGCUUUAAGCGUAAAACAAAUUAUUAAAUAAUUGAGAUUUACGAUGAACAGAUUUCCAUUCUAUUUUUUAAACAUAAACAAAAAGAAAAAUACAACACACAAAAGAAAAAUAAAAUAUUGUAAUUUGUAUUUUAAAGUUAAAGUUUUGUUAUGUUAGCUUUUCUUAAAAACCAGCGUAUUAAAUAAUA